AUGGCGACCACCCCGGCCAAUGUCGAGACUGCAAAUGCACUCACAGGUCCGCGUGCUGCAGAAAAGCACGGCAAACAUGAGCCGGUACUUUUGGAUCAUGUAGCCCACGAUGCUCAAGCGGCGACGGAGGGCCAGAAGAACAUGUCGGUCAUGGAGUCCUUCCGGGCGUAUCCCAAGUCUGUGGCAUUCUCAAUGGUCCUUUCUCUCUGCGUUGUCAUGGAGGCAUACGACACCUCCCUAAUUGGCAACUUCUACGGCUUGCCGCAGUUCCGUCGAAGAUUCGGAGUGCGGUUGGAGAACGGCGACUAUCAACUUACAUCAACAUGGCAGUCGGGCUUGCAAAACGCUACUCAAGUUGGUCAAAUGAUUGGGCUCUUCGUCGGUGGCAUGGUCGCGGAACGCUACGGAUACAAGAAGACUUUCCUCGGUGCCCUAGUACUUAACAUCGUCUUCAUCUUCCUCUUCUUCUUUGCGCAGAAUAUCGGCUACCUUCUCGCAGGAGGUCUGCUUUGUGGCCUCCCCUGGGGUGCCUUCCAAGCUUUGACGACAACCUACGCCGCCGAUGUCACGCCCAUGGCCCUUCGACCGAUCAUGACGACUUAUACAAACAUGUGCUGGGUCAUUGGGCAAUUCAUCGGUACUGGUGUCCUGCGAGGACUCCUUUCUCGCCCCGACGACUGGGCUUGGCGUAUUCCCUACGCCAUCCAAUGGGUGUUCCCCUUGCCCAUCAUGGUUGGCGUUAUGCUCGCACCCGAGAGCCCGACUUGGCUGGUUCGUAAAGGCCGUCUGACCGACGCUCGCAAUGCUCUGCGGCGACUAGCGAGUUCCUCGACAACAGAUGCUGAACUCGACGUCAGCAUCUCCAUGAUCGCCCAUACAAACGAGAUGGAGAGACUGAACUCGGAGGGAACCUCAUACAUCGACUGCUUUCGCGGCACCAACCUUCGCAGAACAAUGAUUGCCUGCUUCGUGUGGGUGGGACAAGUUGCUUGUGGCGUUUGGUUUGGCAGCAACGUCAUCUACUUCCUUCAACAAGCUGGCUUUGACUCGGACAACUCAUUCAGCUUUGGUCUCGGAACUAAUGCCAUGGCUAUCGUCGGCACCUUUCUCUCUUGGUUCCUUCUCCCCCAUGUCGGACGUCGAACACUAUAUGUCGUUGGUCUUUGCAUCAUGUUCACCGUACUAGUGACCGUCGGCGGUAUGGGCAUUCCGGCUCCCCGUCCGGAUCUAGGCUGGGCAUCGGGAGCCUUGUUGAUGGUCUUCGUCAUCACGUACGACAUGACCGUGGGACCAACUUGCUACUGUUUAGUCGCAGAAAUUCCUUCCACCCGACUCCGAAUCAAGACAGUUGCUAUUGCCCGCAAUGCCUAUCUUCUGGCUAGCAUCGGCGCCAACUUCUUGAACCCGCCUAUCAUCAACCCCAGCGCCUGGAACUUGAGAGGAAAGGGAGGAUUCAUCUGGGCAGGAAUUUGCUUCUGCGAACUGGUUUGGGCGUACUUCUGUCUUCCCGAACCGAAGGGACGCUCCCCAGCUGAGCUUGAGAUGCUGUUCGAGAACCGCGUGAGUGCACGCCAGUUUGCACAGGCUAAGGUGGAAGUAUUUGCAGACAAUGUGGGGAGAGAUGAAAAGCACGAUGGACCGAUGGCGGUCAACGUUGAGGGUCGGUGA